AUGGCUUACCCGACUCAAGUCAGCUGCCCCCCUACCACAAAUGCGCUCUCGAAUCAACAACGCAGUCAACUGCGCCGCACCACCCAAAAGCUGGGUCGGAUCCUCGGGACCACCCCAACUUUGCUCGAGGAAAAGGAGGAGAUGCCGUUGCAGCUCCCUCUUAACCUCCAACGGCUUGCUGUCCCGCUGCAUGUCCAACUCUCGUCAGCCUACUCUGACGAUGACGCGCUUGUCCGAUAUCCGUCGACUACCUCUCACAAGUCUCGACGUAGUAUUGAAUCAGACAAGCCGAGCGAUCCUUGGUGUCGCCCUCCAAGCGACAGACCUUACAUGCGGAUCGCAAACCCUACCCCCCACUCUCCUCCAGCCCACGGCCCGUACUCACCGCCACCACCUUAUUCUGCCCAGCCACACCAUACGAGCUACACCAUCCCCGCCACCAGGAUGCCGCCUUCCUCGCCACCCGCAUUUGGCCCAGUCCCGUCCGCUAACUAUCAGCGGCGCCAAAAAAUGGACAAGCUUCGUCGGACUCUGGGAGAUGGCGUGCCGCUCGCUAUGGUGUUUCCUGACCGAUCGAGUUCGGAGGACUCUCCUCUUUCGUCAAGCUCGGAGGAGGACCUUCCAGCUCGCGUUCAGCAGCAUCGCAUUCGCCGUUAA